AUGAUUGUGAAGGACCUGCAGCCUCUUUCCAUAGUGGAAGAUGUCGGCUUCAGGAAUUUUGUAAAGACACUUGAGCCACGGUACAAAAUUCCAAGUAGGAAAACUCUGAUGGAGGGGAAACUACCUGCACUUUAUGAAGAGUGCUCCUCUAAGGUCAAAAAGGCAUUAAGCAGUGUGGACAAUGUUGUGCUGACAACUGACAUGUGGACAUCAACAGCGACAGAGGCAUAUUUAACAGUCUCAUGCCACAUCAUAGAUGAAAACUGGCAAAUGGUGGCAUACAUGCUUGAAACGUGCUCUGUUUCUGGACAACACACUGCAGACAAUAUUUGUUCGCAGUUAACCAGAAUUGCGGAAGAAUGGAGCAUUUCAGAAAAGAUUCAGGCUGUAGUAACAGACAAUGGCGCCAACAUGGUUGCUGCUGUACGUAAAGCUGGUUGGUCACACUACCCAUGUUUCGCACACACUUUAAAUUUGGUGGUGAAAGACUCUCUCAAGGCUCACCCUGACAUACUAGAACUCCAGAAGAGAAGUAGUGCUAUAGUUACUUUCUUUCAUCACAGCACUAGAGCUGCAGACAAGCUAAAAGAAAUCCAAAAGCAGCAGAAGUUCCCUGAACAUAAACUCCUUCAAGCAGUUGAGACAAGGUGGAACUCUGUCUUCUACAUGUGGGAGAGAUUGUUGGAGCAAAAAGAGGCAGUUACCACAGUUCUCUGUCUACUUGGCAAGAGCUCGCUUUGCUUGAAUGAGGAGCAAUGGUCUGUUAUCAGUCUCUCUAUUGACGCACUGAGACCAUUUGAAGAAGCAACCAGGGAGGUAUCUACUGAAAAACAUGUUUCAGUUUCGAAGGUGAUUCCCCUGGUUUCAGUGCUCCUGAGAACUGCUUCAGCUUCUGAGCGACAAGGUAGCAAGCUAGCUGCUGAGCUGUCAGAGCAAUGCCAUCAUCGUUUCAGGUCUAUUGAGACAUUUUAUGGUCUUGCUGUAAGCACCUAUCUGGACAUUCGAUUUAAAAACCUGGGAUUCCGUGACUCUGCAAAUGUUGAGCCUGUAAAAGCUCGACUCAUUACAGAAAUGCAGUCAAUGAGUGAGACCUCAGCACCUUCAACAUCUGGAUUAAGCUCUGCCACCAGCUCUGCCACCAGCUCUGCCACCAGCGCUGCUUCAGCCCCUACAACUAGUUCAAGCUUGUCUGCAGGGGCUCCUGCAUCCCCACCUGCAGGAAAAGGUGGGAUAUGGGAAAAUUUUGACUCUCAGGUCCUUGUAUCUCAGCAACAUCGGACAACUAGCACAGAUGCACUAAUUGAACUGCGCAGGUACUCAGAAGAGAGGCCAAUUCCUCGUAAUCAGGAUACACUACUUUGGUGGAAAAACAACGCACAAACAUUCCCCUCUCUUAGCAAACUUGCGAAGAAAAACCUGGGAGUGGUUGCAACAUCAGUGCCAGCUGAGAGGAUUUUUUCAAAGGCAGGACAGUUAAUUAGUCACAGGCGAUCUGCGAUAAAAGCAAAAAAUGUGAACAUGAUUCUGUUCCUGAACAAAAACCUCUAA